AUGGCCGAGAACCUCAAGCAAGCUCAAGAACUCUGCCGCAAAGCCCACGAAGCAGGCGCAGCCGCCCUGUUCCUCCCCGAAGCAGCAGACUACUUGACCACAUCUGGCGGCCUCAAACUCUGCAAAUCAGUAUCCGACUCUGAAUUCGUUCUCGGGCUCCAAGAAUCCGCAAAACAAUACUCGUUGCCGAUAUUCGUUGGCAUCCACGAACCUACCGAUGACGGCCAGAAAGUAAAGAACAUGUUAAUCUGGAUCAACGCGCAAGGCGAGAUAAAACAACGCUACCAAAAACUCCAUCUCUUCGACAUGGACGUCAAAGACGGCCCUCAAAUGCAAGAAUCCGCCGGUGUCGAGCGCGGUAUCCAUUUGGGCGACCCCUUUGAUAGCCCCGUAGGCAAAUUAGGCAUGCAAAUCUGUUUCGACUUGCGAUUCCCUGAACCUGGGCUGGCCCUGCGAUCCCGCGGUGCAGAAGUGAUAUUAUACCCCGCUGCCUUCACCACGCCGACGGGUAAAGCAGGACACUGGGAGAUUCUGAUUAGAGCCCGCGCCAUCGAGACGCAGAGUUAUAUCAUCGCGGCUGCGCAGGUGGGUGUGCAUGAUAAGGAGGGCAAGAGAAGGAGUUGGGGGCAUAGUAUGAUUGUGGAUCCUUGGGGAAGGAUCGUGUGUGAGUUGGGAGGUGAUGAAGGCGAGGGAGGGACGUGGAAGGGUGAGGGUGAGAUUGCGACGGCGGAGAUUGAUUUAGAAUUCGUGAGGAGUAUGAGGAAGGAUAGCCCGCUGAAGAGGAGGACGGAUGUUUAUGCUGAGCUUGUUUGA